AUGUCUUGCGGAAGGAGCGCUAGUUCAAGAUAUUUUCCGGAUGAAGUUUUAGAAGUGUUGUUUGAUCAUAUCCUUGACUUUCAUUCAAAAUCGGAUCCCGAAAAUCACCUAUUCCUACAAUUUCGUUUGGUCUGUCAAAGAUGGUCAUAUCUAAUUUUAUCUAAAUAUCUUCGUACCAUCAUCAUACACUCUCCUCAUCAACUAGAAAAUCUUUUAAACAAUUGGGCAAACCUUUCUGCUUCAAGUCCGGAUUCCUCACUCACCUUUUCGCCGGUUCGACGUCUUGAAAUUGGUUCAAUUUAUCAUAGGAAAACGCUUGAAUCAUGUCGAUUUUUAGGUCUUUAUAGUCCUAAAACUACUGUUUUUGGUGAUCUUUCGAAUCCGAAUCCAGAGUUCCAUUUAGGAUAUUUACUUCGAGUACUUUAUAAAUUCAGAUAUCGAAAACCUUAUUACCCAAGUGUUUGUACAGUCUAUGGCGUCAUUCAACUUAUCAAGCUUUUAGGAGAGAAUAUCAAAUGCCUUCAUCUUACUUUUUCCGAUUCCUUUGGAUUUCCUCAACCUUUGAUCACUUCUAUUAGUAAUUUAUCUCUACUAAGAUCUUUAUCUAUCUCCCAUGCUCAAGAUCCUGCUUUUGGAAGAAGCGAGGAAGGUAAAAGUUAUGAACCUAAUACAUUAAUUGACUUAUUAAAAUCUUUAACUAGACUUGAAACUCUUGAACUUGGAUGUGGAAAAGGUUUACCUGAUUUCACUGAUUCGAAUUUAAGAUUACCAAACUUAAUACAACUUAAGAUCGUACAUCAAAGCAAAACUUCUGAGAUUGGAAUCUUGAGUUUUUGUAAAUUAAUUCAAAAUCAAAUUAAGGUCUUUGAAUUCUCGAGUUUAAGAGGUUCAGAAGAUCAUCCGAAAUAUUUUAAAAAGAUGUUAAAAUGUUUUCAAAAUCAAGUAGAAUUCAUUAGAAUCGAUUCAGAAAAUUUCGAAUUCGAUUUAAAUGAUUUAAUUUCAAAUCUAGAAUUUCCAAAACUAAAGUUUUAUGAUCCAAGAUUACCUUUAAGAACUUCAGAUUGGUCAAAUUUAGAUAAAUUCAAAAUUAGUUUAUCUAAUCUACUUGAAUCUGAAAUCGUUCAAGAACUUAAUACUUUAGUCAUUGGUCCAUAUUCUGAUUUUAUGAUUGAUACUCCUUAUGGUUUUGCUUAUCAUUUGAAAAGUUUAUUUAAAGCUUGGGGUUUAAUUAAGAAGAAAAGUGGUAGAUUAUCUAGAGAUUUAAAUCGUAGAGAAAAUGGUCCAUGUAGGAUACCUAGGAAUCUUAAAACUAUUAUUUUUCAUAAACAUCAUGCUCUUGGUAACACUUCUAUUGAAUUGAUUCUUGAAGAUUUUCGUGAAAUCGGAAUCGAAUUAAAUUGCUUAACCUUUCAUUUGGAAUCUUGGAAAUGGUUUGAAUUGGUCUAUUGUAAAUUGUAUUGGAAAGGAAGAGCGUUCAGAAAAGUUUGUUUGGCUUGA